CGUACUUGUAUCCGUUUUCUGAUUACACUUGUUGGCAUGCUAUAAGUUUAAUUGACUACUACUGAACUUUAUUCUGCAUAAUGGUUAUCAUUGAACAUUCCGUUUAUGUUUAAGCUGUUUAUCUGAAAUGCUCAAAUUUUACCCACGGGUUAUCCAUACAUUUACUUAUUGAGAUAUUUUAUCUCAUAGUUUUUCCUUGUCCACCAUUUCAGACAUGUCCAUUUCAUAUAUAAUAGUAAAAGAUGUUUUGAUAUAAAAAUCAACUGAAAACAAUGCCAAUUAUGCUCCCCCACUUGUCCCAGCCCCUCCAUCUCCUUACAUCCGUCUCUGCAUCCCUUAUUGCGUCAUAAAAAAAUUCUUCUCUCCAUCCUCUCAACCUUCUCUUGUAAUGUCAGUUGAUUCUCUUGUAAUUCUGUUACAAUCUGUUGCAAUGGGAUCACUCGUUGGGAUGACUGAACAGAAUUGUCAAGUAUGGUAUGCGGCGGUUGCUUGCGGUGUGAGACCCUUUGCUCCGCAGGGUCCAUGUAUAUAGGCGUGCCAUAAAGUUGCCCAUCUUUUGAAGGUCCACCAGAAACUUCGGACAAAAGCUGUGUCACGCCCCAGAACCCAAAUCUGGGGACGCGACAAACACCGUGCACUCGUGAGAGGGUCCCACAAAUGCACAAGGCUCGGAACUUAUUAUACCACAAUCUAAUACCAUCAAAAUCUGAAGAUUAAAUUCUUAAAAUCUCUCUAAUAUCAUAAAAUCUCCAAAUAAGGUCUAGUUUACAAGAUCAUGAUUUAUCUAAAUCUAUACUCAAUUUACAAGAUGGCUAGCCUUCUAACUCGUCACUUCCCAUGGUUUCCCCGCCCUCGAUUUCACUUCCUGAAAUGGUGGAUAAGGAAAACUAUGAGAUAAACUCAGUAAGUAAAAUAUGGAUUGCCCU